AAAAAAAUGAAAUUCUGUGAUUUUUAUGAUUCUGUUUUAGUUUCUUUGAGAAACCAAGGUCAAGUCAUAAUCCAAAAAAAAUCACAAAUAUACGUUAAAUCGCAAGAAAUGCAUUCCAUGCAUAUUUAAAAAAAAUCUUGUGGAGCCCCCUCUUUCACAUCUAUCCACACUCGCCCUUUCACGGCUCGUGUUCGCAACUACUUCCAGAAAAUCCUGAGUCCAAUAUUUAAAAAAAGAAACAACAAAAAAAAAACAACAUGCCCUUCACCGAUAAGGGUUCGAACUGUUUUAAUAGCCACUUAACGUUCUAAUUAAGUGGAAUAAACACUUGAGUAUGUCCUUGUAUUUAAAAAUAACUCGCCCCGUAAUGAAUUUUCAGAAAAUAUACCGAUCUGCUUUGCUGAAAAUGAUAAUCACAGUCUGGCUCUAAUUAUUAGAAGUUUCAGUCAUUCGAUUUUACCGAAUACGAGUCCACGUUUAGUUAUUUGUGAGGAAUAAAGCUGCAAAAGCAUAAAUGGAUACGCACAAGGAAAAAGAUGGAAUGUCUGAUGUUGCUAAAUCUAGUUUAGCGGAGACGGACAAGUCCGACCGCGAUUUUACGACUAAAACAUGGAGAGAAGAUUUUUGUUUCAUUGUGGAGGACAAAAGACUUUAUGUCGCAAAAGUCAUUCUAGCUCUUGUAUCGCCGGUUUUUGAAAGGAUGUUCCAGUCAGAGUUCAAAGAAAAGGGAGAAGCCGAAAUGACAUUACCUGGAAAGAAAUUCGAAGAUAUUCAAGAAUUCCUGCGAUGCAUUUAUCCAGGUGUAAUGAAAGAUGUCACCAUUAACAAUGCCCAUAAAAUCGUUGCGUUAGCGGAUGAAUAUCAAGUGGUUGCUUUGAAAUCAAAAUGUGAGGCAUGCUUACUGAACGGAAUUGAUAAUAAAACCUCAGCCGUUAGUGUGUGCGAAUUACUUAACCUGGCUUGUCUUUAUUCGCUUGAAGAUCUAUUUCACAAAUGCACCGCUAUGGCAGCAGAAAUGCCUCCAGCUACUCUUGACGAAGCGGCAGGUGAAACUCCAAUUCCAUUAAAAGCGAAAAAUGUCAUCCAUCAAAAAUUAAUCAGCAUAAUGGAGAAGAAAAACACGGAAACAAACUUGACAGUUGACAAGCUGAAAGCGGAGUUGCAAAGAGUGAUGACGUUGAAUAACUACCACCGCGCUUACACCCCGGAGGAGGAACGGUUGAUUUUUGAUGAUUAUGAAGGCUGGAGUGGGACAAGCCUUUUCCUACAAAUAGAUACUAAAAGGACGUUAAAUUCAUUUACGGCAGAAGUAUGCAGAACACAAAUAAAGUUAGAGUUUAAAUUCCAAAGCCGCGGAUAUUUUAUUCUCACACUCACCGCCUCUAAACGUCCCUACAUCAAUCUCAGGGGAAGCGUUGUAAUAGCCAAUGGGAUGAAAGGGAAAAGGGACUUUUGCAAAACAAUGCAUAUUAAAAUGUCUGAACGGCCGUUCUGUUUUGAAAUCAUUGGAAAUGAUAUUUUACUAGAUGAUAUAGAAGGAUACACCCACCACGGCAAAAUAGAUGUUGAAGUUCAUGUUUUAGGGAAGUGAUUAUUGAACUUCUUUAAAGAUAACUUGUUCGAAUGGAUAUAAUCUUUGUUUUAGAAUCUAAAUAUGCAAACUGUGAUGUACAAUGAACGAGUGAUCCGCUUAAACCAAAGGAAUAGGCCGACCUGUAGUUUUUAUUAUAUAAAGCAUCUCAGUUAUAAAAGUCGGCGCGGAAUUUGAAAUACACUUAAACUAAGCAAAUUCAAUGAAUUGAUUUCACCAGCAACCGGGAUUGAAAAAGCAUUUUCUACCUGCAGAAACACUUAUAUUUUCAAAACAGAUGUCCCAUUGAUCUCAAUGUCUCAUUCUUUACUUAAAGUAUUUAGCUAAAUCUAUGGAACGCCAAACACGACUUUGAUUGUUUAUUGCCAUUCACUGUGGUAAGUGCUAACUUGUAAUUUGGUAGUGCUUACUUUUCAUUCUGAUGUUAUCACUUACAUCAUUCGGUGGUUGUUAAGUUUCCCUUUUUUCAGUGGUUACAUUUCAUGAUUUGGCAGUGCUAACUUGUCAUUUUGAUGUUUAAUAACUACUUCCGCUUGAUCAGUAACCACUGCCGAAUAACAACUUAGCCGAGCUGAAUAUCAAGUUGGUCAGAAUGUUAAUUUUGAUGAUCUAUAGGUCAAGUUCAAAUCUGGGUCAGGUGGGGUCAAAAACUAGGUCACUAGGUCAAAUCAAAGGAAAAGCUUGUUAACACUCUAGAGGCCACAUUUAUGACUGUAUAUCAUGAGUUUUCCAUACAUAUUUAUGUUGCAUCGGAUGCAUGAAAAUUGAUUUGAAUAGCUUGAAGUAGAUAUUGGUGAUAAUUUUGCCAGCCAGCCACUUAGCAAGAGCUCAGAUCUAUGGAUAGUGAGUUUGAUCCACGAGUGAGGCUUAUCUUCUCCUUGACAAUUUGAUCUAAAAAUAUUUAUUAGACUGAAAAAUUAGACUUUUUAUUGAAUAUAUUACAAAGAUGAGUUCAGUAAUGAAAAAAGUACUUGUAAUAAGCCAUUUCUUUCAAAUUUCAGUUUUUAGCUCGACUAUUCAAAGAAUAAGUAGAGCUAUCCUACUCACCACGGUGUCGGUGUCUGCGUCAGCGUCAGCGUCACACCUUGGUUAAGUUUUUCGUACCAGUCCACAUUUUGACAAAACCUUUUGAGAUAAAGCUUUGAAACUUUCAACACUUGUGUACCAUCACCAUGUCCAGUUUUAGGCAAGAGUACAUAACUCCAUCAAGGAUUUUGGCUGAAUUAUGGCCCCUUUUAACUUAGAAAUCUUGGUUAAGUUUUUCGUACCAGUUCACAUUUUGUGUAAAGUGUUUGACAUAUGGCUUUGAAACUUUUAUCACUUGUUUAUUAUAACAGUCUCUAUCUGUAGACAAGAUUACGUAACUCUGUCAACUAUUUUGGCUGAAUUAUGGCCUUUUUUGAACUUGGAAUUGUACAAUUUUUGUGCAAGUCCAUGUUUUGUCAAAACUAUUUGACAUGUGGUUUUGAAACUUUGAACAAAUGUUUAUCAUCAUGAUUUCCAUCUGAAUGUAAGAGUACAUAACUCUGUCAAGUAUUUUGGCUGAAUUAUGGCCCUUUUUGGACAUAGAAAUUGGUUCAGUUUUCUUACAAGUCAACGUUUUGUCAAAACUAUUUGAAAUGUGGCUUUGAAACUUUGAACACUUGUUAUUCGUCAUGAUUUCCAUCUGUGAGCAAGAGUACAUAACUGUGUCAACGAUUUUGGCUGAAUUAUGGCUCUUUUUGGACUUGGAAAUCAGUUAUGCUUUUCAUACCAGUCCAUAUUUUGCCUAAUCUGUUUGUCAUAUGACUUUGAAACUUUGACCACUUGUUUACCAUCAUAGUCUACAUAUGCAGGCAAGACUACAUAACUAGGACAAGGACUUAAGCUUAGUUAUGGCUUUGUUUGACAUAGAAAUUACUUUGAACACUUGCUUACCAUCAUGGUCACACAUUGCCAUAUAGUGCAAGACCUAUCUAAAUCCAAAAAUGCAGGUACAUUGUUUGUCUUAUCUAUUUUAGCUCACCUGAGCCAAAGGCUCAUGGUGAGCUUUUGUGACCGCUCAAUGUCCUUCGUGAGUCGUGCAACGUGCGUCGUGCGUCGUGUGUCCGUCAACAAUUCCUAAAUAAAUAUUCUUCUUGAAAAUCACUGGGCAGAAUUACACCAAACUUCACAGGAAUGAUCCUUGGGUGGCCACCUUUCAAAACUGUUCAAAGAAUUGAAUUCCAAGCAGAACUCUGGUUGCCAUGGCAAUCGAAAGAAAAAACUUAAAAAAUCUUCUUGUCCAAAACCACAGGGCCUAGGGUUGUGUUAUUUGGUAUGUAGCAUCAUAUAGUGGUUCUCUACCAAGAUUAUUCAAAUUAUUUCCCUAGGAUCAAAUAUGGCCCCGCCCCGGGGUCACAUGGUUUAUAUAGACUUAUAUAGGAAAACACUUUAAAAAUCUUCUUAUCUGAAACCAGAAGACCUAGGCCUUUGAUAUUUGGUAUGUAGCAUUGCCUUAUGGACUUCGAUUGUUCAAAUUGUGCCCCUAGGAUAAAAAGAGGCCCUGCCCCGGGGGUACCAAGUUUUACAUAGACUUGUAUAGGAAAAACUUUAAAAAUCUUUUUAUCUGAAACUGUAAGGCCUAUGCUUUUGAUAUUUGGUACGUAGCAUUGCCUUGUGGUCCUUUACCAAUAUUAUUCAAAUUAUGCCUCUGAGGUGAAAGGAGGCCCCACCCAGGGGGUCCCAAGUUUUAUAUAGACUUAUAUAGGAAAAAAAAUUUAAAAAUCUUCUUGCCUGAAACUGCAAGACCAAGGCUUAUGAUAUUUGGUAUGUUGCAUUGCAUAGUGGUCCUCUACUAUAAUUGUUCAAAUAAUGUCCCUUGGGUGAAAAGAGGUCCUGCCCCGGGGGCCCUAAGUUUUACAUAGACUUAUAUAGGAAAAAAAAUCACUUCUUGUCUGAAAGUUCAAGGCUUAAGCCUUUGAUAUUUGGUAUGUAGCAUUGCUUAGUGGUUCUCUUAACAAGAUUGUCCAAAUUAUGCCCCUGGGGUGAAAAGUGGUCCUGCCCUGGGGAUCACUUGUAUAUAUAGGAAAUUACUUCAAAAAUUAUCUGAUCAUAUUUCCUAGACUGUUUAAUUAUAAUUACCUGAUAACCCCAAGUAAUUAGGGGUCACUCAACUGUGACCUUGACCUACUUACUUACGUUUUUGUUUUUUAAGAGACAGCCUUGAAAUUUGGAUGGCAUAUACAGUUUUGCACACCGAUCUUAACAGCAUAGAAAUUUGGAUCAUGUCAAUAACUUUUGAUAAAGAUUUCAAUACUCAUCUUUAAUGUUCCUAGCCCUGACCUACUAACCCUCUUUCUUGUUUUUGAAGCUACAGCAAAAGGAUUUGGACCACAUAUAGAAUGUCUGAUACAGAUUUUAAUACUCAUCUUGAAUAGUCUUAAUCAUGACCUUCUGACCUACUUUCUUGUUUUUUGAAGAUAAAUCAUGGAACUUUUGACCACAUGUAGAACUUUUGAUACAUAUUUCAAUACUCAUCUUAAAUAUUAUUAACACAGACCUGCUGAACUACUUUCUUGUUUUUUAAGCUACAGCAAAGAGAUUUGGACCACCUGUAUAAUUUUUUAACAGCUUUCAGUACUUAUCUUGUAGAAUCUUUUUUUUUAAGCUUUAGCAAAGAAAUUUUGUUAAAGCAAGCAAUUAAACUCAGGUGACCGAUAUAGGGCCAUUAUGGCCCUCUUGUUCUUUUUGUGCGUGUGUGUGUGUGUUCAGGUUUAACGUCUUUUUCAACAGUUUUUCAGUCAUAUAAACGACGGUGUCUACUUGUAGCAGUGAGCACAAUGCCCAACUUUAUAGUGCUGCCUCACUGGAAUAUCACGCCGUAGACACGUGGCAUGAUAUGCCACUCGGUCACAUUAUACUGACACCAGGCUGACCAGUCUUAGCACUAUCCUCUUAAUUCUGAGCGCCAAGCGCGUCUUUGGUAUGACGCGGCCAGAGAUUGAACCCACGACCUCCCGCUCUCGAAGCAGACGCUUUACCACUAGGCUUCCAAGGCGGUUUUGUCUGAAAAUCUCUCUUGUAAUAUUUUGACCCCAUACUUCCAUCAAUGCUUCGAAUAGUCGAGCGCGCUGUCAACAGACAGCUCUUGUUAUAUAUCUGAUUUAAAUAUGUCUGAUUCUUAUUUAUAUUAGUUCGAAGAUCUUCAUUUUUUCUGAGAGAUCCCAUUUAAUUUUUGUCUGUUAUAAGACAUUAACAUUUAUUUGUAAAUAUUUGUAAAUAGAAACAUUGAUUAUUUACUAUUAUUAUAUACCUUACUAUAAAUAGUAACAAAAAGCCGUUAUAAACGGUCAUUACGGCCUCUGUGGACGAAUCCAUAAUGGCGCAGUGCGCCUCACGCGCCAUAAUCGAAAUGGUCCCGGGUAACCAGAACGUCUGCGCGUUCUGGCAUCGACGUCAUUCAGCAACGCCAAAAUGGCCGGCGAGCGAGUCGGAUCGGUUAUUGAAUUUAGAUGGACUUAUACAGGAUCUAAAUAAUGAAUUGGGCACAUAUCAGUUUGCUGAAAGCAUGAAAAAUGAUAAUACAAAAUCGAAAACAAAAUCGGACCUAAAAAAAGUGGAGGAAUUUCUAAGAAGUGUCGGAGCACAGUGUAUAUUUUUUUGUUUAAUAUAAAAAAAAUCACUUUUUUCACACAAUUAACCUUUUAUACGUUAGUCAAAUGAAAAAAAAAUCGAUGACAAAAAAUCCGGUCGGGCCAUUAUAACACUAGGUGUGCCAUUAUGGCCAGAGGGCACACCGGAGUCAUAUAUUAACCUCUUAUAAUUGUAAUGAAUAAAUCACGCAAUUAGUUAUUCGCAUCAUGAAAGUGUACUGCAUUUUGUAUUGUGUUUUACAAAAGCUUAGGCCUAUUGCUUGAUUGACUAACAUAAUAUCAUUGUUUACUUAUUCUAAGUUUAACCCUUAUCAUGCUGGACAUGACUGAUUCUGCCUUUGCGACCAGUGUAGAUCAUGAUCAGCACUGUUCGCCAUUCAGUCAAUCACCCCUUUUAACAGUUAAUGGUACUGUCCAAAUUGACAAGUUCAUUAUAGAAAUUUAGCAGGUAAGGGUUAUAAGGGUCUGCAUCUUCAGUUGUUCUAGAGUGAAUUAUCGUGUUCUCUUUUUUUCAUUUCCUGACUUUAAAGUAAAAUUUAAAGUAAAAGUCCAGCUGAAAUAGAUGUGUGUGUAAAAAGGGUGGAGGAAAUAAUAGUUUUUAACCCAUUAUACCAAACUCUUCCUUCCUGUUACCAGUACGAAAUAAUAACUUUCUAAAAAUGACUUGACUGGGGCAGUCUUUUUAAGAAGAGUCAAACUGAUGCAGGAGUUACUUCCCAUCAACUUCAGAAAUCUCUACCUGUAGGUAAGGGAGAUCACUGCGUAGAAGAUUAAAGAAACUAACCAUUAUUUUAUUAGUCUGAUUUCUUUAUUUCUAAAGCAUCAACUUCAGAUAUUAUUCGUUAAUUAAACACAUUUAAAUGCACAACAACCGAAAAUUGCUUUUAUAAAACAUUCACCAAAAACACACUAUGUGCAGUAAGAUGUGCAUAAGGCCACUUUAAGUAUGACAGAUGUUGAUUCUUGCAUAAAACCUUUGUUUUUUUGCCGAUUUUUGGCAUGCACAAACAGGGAAAAAACGUGUACAAACAAGGAGAUUCUCGUGAGCACGCGCUGUUGGUGAACGUUUUGAAUAUGCUGUUGUGGGUCCAACGUAAGCAAAUUAUGGAUCCCGAAUCAAUUUUGGCCGAAGUCGAAAGGUCCGAGAUUUAUGAAAUCUUUUCAUCUGCAUAUUUAUUAAAAAUAUCAUUUUUCAACCUAACUUUACUUUAACUUGUAAUAAGCGCUACCUCUCUUGAUACGGGUAGAGGUUGUUUAGGAGAAUAAUUUCGAUGACGUAAUGGAUAAUAAUUUGAAUUUUUACGACAACGAUUGCGACAAUCAUUUAAAUCACUAUUUGUCAGAAUAAAUAAUAAGUAUUAACAAAUUAUCGAUGGUUUAAGUUAUUCUCCAUUUGGUUUAAAUAUUUGAUUAUUAAAUAUUCUCCAUAUACCUACAAUUCCCUAUUUAGGCAAAGAAGGAAUAAACAUUAUCCAUUUCGUCAAUGAAAUUAUUCUCCAUUUGGUUGUACUGCAGUAGUUAUAAAUUAUUAUCCAUUUCAGUAAUAAGUUUAUUCGUUACAGGUACGCAUCAUAUACAUUACCGGCCCUUCGUGUGGCAAUGAAAUUAGAUGUAUUCUCCGUUUGGUUGUAGUUAUAAAUUAUUAUCCAUUUCAGUAAUACAGUUGCGCAUCAUAUACACUACCGGGGCUUCGGCCGGUCGUCGGCUACCCAGAAAUAAAAUAUUAUCCAUUUUGGCAAUGAAAUUAGAUGUAUUCUCCAUUUGGUUGUUGUUAUAAAUUAUUACGCAUCAUAUACAUUACCGGGACUUCGCGCGGCCGGUCGACGGCUACCCAGGAAUAAAAUAUUAUCCAUUUCGGCAAUGAAAUUAUUCUCCAUUUCGUCGUAGUCAUAAAUUAUUAUCAAUUUCAGUAAUAAGUUUGUUAGAUAUAGGUACGCAUCAUAUACAUUACCUGGGGUUCGCGCGGUCGGUCGUCGGCUACCCAGAAAUAAAAUAUUAUCCAUUUCGGCAAUGAAAUUAUUCUCCAUUUCGUCGUAGUCAUAAAUUAUUAUCUAUUUCAGUUAUAAGUUUGUUAGUUACAGGUACGCAUCAUAUACAUUACUGAUAGCGCAACCGAAGGGUCUCGCACGGCCGGUCGUCGGCUACUCUGGUGUAAAUAUUAUAGAUUUCACUAAUGAAGUUAUUCUUCAUUUGAUUGUUUUCAUAUUAUCCAUUUCAUACCCGGGUAUGAGUGUUAUCCAUUUCAGCAAUGAAAUUAUUCUCCUUCACAAUGGUUGUAGUAUUAAAUAUUGUUUUCCAUUUCAGUAACAAGUUUGUUAGUGACUUUUAAUCAUGUUCAUUACAAACGCGCCAUCGACGGGUUUCGCGCGGCCGGUCACGGGUAUAAAUAUUAAUUAUUUUAGCAAUGUAAUUAUUCUCUAUUUGGUUGUAGUAAUAUUAGAUCUAUUUCUGUAAUAACUUUGUUAGCUACAGAUACGUAUCAUAGACAUUAAUGAUAGCGCCAUCGGCGAGCUUCGUGCGACCGGUUGCUGGAACUGCCAGCGAUUUUUCAACAUUUUCCUAAUUUUCUGCUUUUUUUUUUAUAAAUACCAACCAAAAUAUACAUCAAGACAGCACAAUAAGGUUGAUUCAUUUUACAGAUUUUAUUAUAUCCUUAUUAGAUAUCAUAUUUGUAAUACUACAUCCUUACAAUAAUGGGUAGAUUCUAAAAAUGAAAAAUAAAUCUUGUUUCCUAUU